GAGAACUCAAGUCUGAGAACACAUCAGAGAAGUUAUAAUGGAGAGGAAGCCUACAAAUGUAAAGACUGUGACAAAUUCUUUAGAAAAAUGUCAAACCCUAAAAGACAUCAGGGAAUACAAACCAGAGAGAAACCAUACAAAUGUGAAGAAUGUGAAAAAGUACAUGAGAGAUCCCUUAAUGAGGAGAAACCCUUCAAAUGUGAAGAGUGUGACAAGUCUAUUGCCAAUACCACAGAUUGUAGAGUUCAUCAGAGAAUUUAUAAUCGACUGAAACCCUACAAAUAUGAAAUAGGUGGCAAGUCCUUUAUCAACCUGUCAAAUCUUAGAGUAUAUCAGACAAUUCAUAUUGAAGAGAAACCCUUUAAAAGUGAAGACUGCGGCAUGUCCUUUACCAACAGCUCAUCUCUUAGAAAGCAUCAACGAAUACAUACUGGAGAGAAACCCUACAGGUGUAAGGAAUGUGCCAAGGCCUUUACUGAGAACUCAACACUUAGAAGACAUUACAGAAUUCAUACUGGAGAGAAACCCUACAGAUGUAAGGAAUGUGACAAAGCCUUUACUAAGAGCUCAACACUUACAAGACAUUACAGAAGCCAUACUGGAGAGAAACCCA